CAAAGAACACUUUGAACAAAAUUUCAUAGAAUAUGUUUAUAUGUAUAUUUUUAAAUUUCGUCUGGUAAGAACAGUAAUAGAAAAUAGUUUUGACAUUAGUGUGGGACACAGGAAAGGAGCGAAGAAUACUGUACAAAGAGAAACUAUUCCUUUUGGAUUGAGAUGGCGCCACCGGUUUAUACAGAUUUGGGCAAAAUGGCCCGUGACCUAUUCAAGCGCGGCUAUCAUCCAGGAAUAUGGCAACUGGAUUGCAAAUCCAUGUCCAGCUCAGGAAUUGAGUUCUUCACCACGGGUUUCGCCACCCAGGACAACAGCAAGGUGAUGGGCACAUUGCAGUCCAAAUUCAAGAUCGAGGAGCACGGACUUACAUUAACUGAACGUUGGAACACUGAAAAUUGGCUCUAUGGUGAAAUUAUGCAAAAAGAUAAAAUGGCCGAGGGUCUAGUAAUGGCAUUGGCAGGAAGAUUUCAGCCAAGAUCAAAUGCAAAGGAGGGCAAAUUCAAGUUGGGCUAUGCCCAAGAGAAGUUUAACUUUUGGUCAGACAUUGAUAUCAGCUCCAGUCCCAUACUGAAUUGCUCUUUGGUUCUGGGACAUAAGGAAUUUCUGGGUGGUGUCGGCUGUGAAUUUGACGUGGGCAAUACAAAGCUUGAAAAUUGGAAAGUUGCCUUGGGCUGGACAAAUGGGGAACAGGCCACAGUGCAUGGUGAAUUAAUUAAUGGUGAUUCUUGGUUAGCUUCACUCUUCUACAAGAUCAACGAUAAAUUCGAUGCUGGGGUGGAGAUUUCCAAGAUUUCCAGGACUGGUGGAGGCGGUGAAGGCGUUCCUGGACAACCUGGAGCUGAAAUUGAUGUAUCAGCCCAGCAAGUGCCACAGGAUGAGAGUGGCGGCAAUUUAAUGUUUGGUGUGGGCAUGAUAUAUCAUUUGGAUGCCGAUUCCCUAAUAAGGGCCAAGAUCAACAAUGCCAUUGAGGUUGGUCUGGGUUAUGAACAGAAGUUGCGGGAAGGCAUCACCGCUUCCAUAUCCGCUGUGCUCGAUGGUAAUGAUAUUGGCGGUGGCAAUCACAAAUUCGGCGUUGGUGUGGCCCUAGAGUGCUAAAAACAUUGAAAGGAUUCGAUUUACUGUUAAAUUAACUGUUAUCCCUACAAGUGGAGUAAAACUAUUAUUUUUUUCUUUGGAUAUAGUAAAUGAGACAUACAAUAAACGAAUUUUUGAUAAUA